UCGGUCAGGGAGCUCCUCUGUCCCCACUGAGCCUGUGAGUGACCCCCUUGGUAGAGGAGCCAGAGCCAUGUGGAGUCUCGGGGCCCUGUUUGUGCUGCUGACCGCCUGCCUGGCGGUGAGCGCCAACCCUGUGCCCACGCCGCCGGCCAACAUCCAAGUGCAAGAGAACUUCGACGUGUCUAGGUUCUACGGGAAAUGGUUCCACGUGGCCAUCGGCUCCACCUGCUCCUGGCUGGUGAGGUUCAAGGACAGGCUGACCGUGAGCACGCUGCUGCUGAGAGAGGGAGAGACCGAGAGGCAGAUCAGCACGACCAUUACUCGUUGGCGGAGAGGCGUCUGUGAGGAGCACUCUGGGACUUACGAGAAAACAGACACCGAGGGAAAGUUCCUCUAUCACAGAUCCAGACGGAACAUCAACAUCGAGUCCUAUGUGGUCCACACCAACUACGAUGAGUAUGCCAUUAUUCUGAGCAAGAAAUCCAGCAGCCACCAUGGACCCACAAUUACUGCCAAGCUCUACGGGCGGGGGCCGCAGCUCCGGGAGAGCCUGCUGCAGGAGUUCAGGGAGGUCGCCCUGGGUGUGGGCAUCCCUGAGGACGCUAUCUUCACCAUGGCCGACAGAGGAGAGUGUGUCCCUGGGGAGCAGGAACCAGAUCUCACUUCAUCCUCAUUUCCCAGCGCCGUUGGCACUGGCACCUUCAACGGCCCCUACGAGCCUGCAGGAGGACAAAGAGCCCGGCGGGCUGUGCUGCCGCAGGAGCAGGAAGGAUCGGGGGCUGGGCAACCGGUAACUGGUCUAAUGAAGAAAGAAGAUGCCUGCCAACUGGGCUACGCAGAAGGUCCUUGCCUGGGGAUGGUCACGAGGUAUUUCUAUAACGGCUCCUCCAUGGCCUGUGAGCCUUUCCAAUAUGGCGGCUGCCUAGGCAACGGCAACAACUUUGUCUCGGAGAAGGAGUGUCUGCAGACCUGCAGAAGCGUGGCGGCCUGCAACCUCCCCAUCGUCACAGGGCCCUGCCGAGCCUUCAUCCAGCUCUGGGCAUUCGAUGCCGUGCAGGGGAAGUGCAUCCAAUUUCAAUAUGGGGGCUGCCAAGGCAACGGCAACAAGUUCUACUCCGAGAAGGAGUGCAAGGAGUACUGCGGCGUCCCUGGCGACGGAGAUGAGGAACUGCUGCGCUUCAACAACUGACCGGUCCAAGGCCAGCGGUCCAGGCCAGAGGACGGCGGGGAGGCUGCGGGCCAGUGUCUGCCCCAGGGCCCCACAUCGGGCAGGCCGGGCCGAGGGACCCGGGUUCAAAUAAAAGCCAAAUCAUGGGCUCCUGAA